AUGGGGAAGGACCAGGAACUGCUGGAAGCUGCUCGCACUGGGAAUGUGGCUCUGGUGGAGAAACUCCUCUCUGGGAGGAAAGGAGGGAUCCUGGGCAGUGGAUCUGGAGCUAUCCCCUUAUCCAGCUUACUGAGCAUCUGGCGAGGACCAAAUAUAAACUGCACAGACAGCUCAGGUUAUACUGCUUUACAUCACGCAGCUUUAAAUGGACACAAGGAUAUAGUUCUGAAAUUACUUCAGUAUGAAGCAUCAACUAAUGUGGCAGAUAAUAAAGGUUAUUUUCCUAUUCACUUGGCUGCGUGGAGAGGAGAUGUAGACAUUGUGAAGAUUCUCAUCCAUCAUGGGCCAUCACACUCCAGAGUGAAUGAACAGAACAAUGAAAACGAAACAGCACUGCAUUGUGCAGCUCAAUAUGGCCAUUCAGAAGUGGUUGCUGUUCUGUUAGAAGAGCUAACAGACCCUACAAUAAGGAACAACAAACUAGAAACACCUCUGGAUCUGGCAGCACUUUAUGGACGGCUGCGCGUUGUAAAAAUGAUCAUCAAAGCAUAUCCAAACCUGAUGAACUGUAAUACAAGAAAACACACUCCUUUGCAUCUUGCUGCACGUAAUGGCCACAAAGCUGUUGUACAGGUGCUUCUGGAAGCUGGAAUGGAUGUCAGCUGCCAAACAGAAAAAGGGAGUGCACUACAUGAAGCAGCCCUAUUUGGGAAGGUGGAGGUAGUACGCAUUUUGCUUGAAACAGGAAUUGAUACCAACAUAAAGGACAGUUUGGGUAGAACGGUUUUAGAUAUUCUUAAAGAACAUCCAUCUCAGCAGUCACUCCAAAUUGCGGCUCUACUUCAAGAAUAUAUGGAAACAGGAAAUGCAAGUAUUUCAGAGGAACGUCCACUGGAAUGCGCAGAACAUCAGUCUUGCAUUUUGUCCCCAGAAGUUCCUCCGUCUCCAAAGGCUAAAAGUGAAGCUGUGACUGGAGAAUUAUCAAAGCUCUUAGAUGAAAUCAAAUUGUGCCAAGAAAAGGAAUACUCUUUUGAAGAUCUGUCUCAUACAAUAUCAGACCAUUAUCUGGACAAUUUUAGUAAAGUAUCAGAGGAAGAUCUUAUGACCAGUGGAAGCCAAACCAAGCUUAAUGUAAGGCCUUCUUCAACAUGUCUGUCACCAAGAGAGGAAGAAGAUGAUGAUGCAGGUGAAAAUACUUGUGGUCCUUCAGGUUUAUGGGAGGCAUUGACACCUUGUAAUGGAUGCAGGAACCUCGGAUUUCCCAUGCUUGCACAGGAAUCUUAUUCAAAGAAGAGAGGUUAUGCAUUGGAAGCAAUACCCUCUGUACCUCUGGAUGCAGUUCCUUCAGAAAAUGACAGCAGUCUUUGUGAUUCGAUAGACAUAGCAGUGACCAAAAAACCUUGUUCCCUAGAGAUAGCAAGAGUUCCUUCCUCAAGACCAGAUAAUGCACCUCAGGUAGCAAUUACUGCACCAGGAUCUGGUAACCAUAGAAACAGCUCUACAGGCCCAACACCUGACUGCUCUCCCCCGUCACCAGACACUGCACUUAAAAACAUAGUGAAAGUUAUACGUCCUCAGCCCAAGCAGCGCACAUCAAUAGUAUCUUCUCUGGAAUUUCACCGAAUGAAUCACAGUCACAAUUAUUUUGAAAUCAACUCAUCCAUUGGCUGUACAAGUUUUAUUUCUACUCCUGCAAUCAGUCCAGCUAAUUAUUCCUUUGGAUCUCUGGAAUACAGUUCUUUAGGCUGUCAGCAUGCCUUCUCCCCUUCCAGAGAAACAUCCACUGAAAGUGAGCUUCCUGAAGGACACCCCGCUGAACAGUUUGCAGGUUUACUUCAUGGAUCGUCACCUGCGUGUGACCCACCUGACAAUCCACUCCAGCUGUACAGCAAAGCAAGCCAGUGCAGUGGUCCACUAGAAAAAAACAUUUUGAGCAAGAGCACAGUGCAGCAGAUACAGCUACGGAAAGAGAGCAACACCGAUCCUCCUGUGAAGAAAAAAAAGCCACCAGUUGUAAACAGAACCAUAUUUCAUACUAAAACCAAGCCAGUAGAAAAUCAUACGUUGGUUGGCACGUCAACAAGGAUAAGUGAACAAUGGGUUAUUACCACUGGGGGAUUUGUGGAGCGUGCAUGCACGCUUGGGAGGAUACGAUCUUUACCAAAGACUUUGCUUGAAAUGCAUUUGUGCAAAAAUGUUUCAAAAUCCGAUUCUAAUCUUAUCACCCAUCCACCAAAUGACAAAAAAGCAAGAAGCAACUGGAGCGAACCCACGCCAAAACAACAGUGCUCCAAAGGGAAUUCGGAGAGAACACCUUCCUUCACAUCAGAAUGGGAAGAAAUUGAUAAAAUCAUGAGUUCAAUAGAUGCAGGAAUUAAUACUGGACUGGGGGAGAUGAAUGAUCACACUACAAGACCCCGAUGCCCUGUCCAGACAGUGGGACAAUGGUUGGAAAAUAUUGGGCUACCUCAGUAUGAAAACCACUUGCUGGCUAAUGGAUUUGACAAUGUGCAAUUUAUGGGAAGCAAUGUAAUGGAGGACCAGGAUCUCUUGGAAAUAGGAAUCCUUAACUCUGGACACAGACAGAGAAUACUCCAAGCAAUCCAGCUUCUCCCAAAGAUGAAGCAGAUCGGUCACGAUGGCUACAACCCCACCUCUGUAGCUGAAUGGCUGGAUUCCAUUGAACUGGGUGACUAUACCAAAUCCUUUCUAAUUAAUGGCUAUACAUCGAUGGACCUUGUGAAAAAAAUCUGGGAGAUUGAAUUAAUUAAUGUCUUAAAAAUUAGCUUGAUUGGCCACCGGAAGCGUGUUCUGGCAUCUUUGGGAGACAGGCUUCACGAAGAUCCUCCUCAGAAACCACCUCGGUCAAUAACCCUCAGGGAACCCAGUGGUAACCACACUCCUCCUCAGUUGUCUCCAUCACUUAGCCAAAGCACUUUCACUACUGGUGGCUCCCUGGACGUUCCCCACAUUAUCAUGCAGGGCGAUGCAAGGAGAAGAAGAAAUGAAAACUACUUUGAUGAUAUUCCCCGGUCAAAGCUGGAGAGGCAGAUGGCACAGACAGGAGACUGGGGAGAGCCUUCAAUUACCUUGCGACCUCCAAAUGAAGCCACAGCAUCAACACCUGUACAAUAUUGGCAACAUCAUCCAGAGAAACUCAUCUUCCAGUCAUGUGAUUAUAAAGCAUUUUAUUUAGGUUCUAUGCUGGUAAAAGAGUUAAGAGGCACAGAGUCGACACAGGAUGCGUGUGCGAAAAUGAGGAAGUCUACAGAACAAAUGAAGAAAGUACCAACCAUUGUCCUAUCUGUCUCUUACAAGGGAGUCAAAUUUAUUGAUGCAACAAAUAAGAAUAUUAUUGCUGAACAUGAAAUCCGUAACAUUUCCUGUGCUGCACAAGACCCUGAAGACCUUUCUACAUUUGCGUACAUCACUAAAGACUUGAAGACUAAUCACCACUACUGCCAUGUAUUCACUGCGUUUGAUGUGAAUUUAGCUUACGAAAUCAUUCUUACACUAGGACAAGCAUUUGAGGUGGCCUAUCAGCUUGCACUACAAGCACGAAAAGGGGGCCAUUCUUCAACCCUUCCAGAAAGCUUUGAAAAUAAACCCUCCAAACCUAUUCCCAAACCACGUGUUAGUAUUCGGAAGUCAGUGCAGAUAGAUCCCUCUGAACAAAAGACUCUUGCGAAUCUACCGUGGAUUGUUGAGCCUGGACAAGAAGCCAAAAGAGGCAUUAAUACCAAGUAUGAAACUACCAUUUUCUGAUACAAAACUGUCCCCCUGUUCCUUGUUGUGCCUUGCACGCCAAGCAGUCACAGCACAGCCUUUCCUUUAUGGCAACGUUUCAAUCCAGCAGAGAGGAAGACUGCACUGUAUGAGUGGCCUUGUAACUAACACAAAAAAAGGCUGACGGUCAUUUCUGGUGAUUUCUUCUUCCUGCAGCACUGACAGAAGAAUGACACUAUAUGAAGACUUUUAAAAUUACAGUCCACAAGAGGAGUGAGAUACCUUAUUUUUCACGCAGUUCUCCCUUGUGACUCUGCCACAGUGCUUUCUUUGAUUUCUUAUUUUCGGAUUCUACUUUUUAAAAAAAAGCAAAAGGUCUCUAAACUAACGCUGAUGCUGCCUAUGAGUAGAAUAUUUGAUUGGUUUUUUAUUUAAAUCUUGGCAGUUUUUAAUUGAAAUAGAACCAGAAUUAAUAAAUAGAGUAUUUGUGAAACCACUGAAUUCAUUAAUAAUUACUGUGUUGAAUAAAGAACUCAUUAAAGUGACAAGAAAUUAGGCACCCUGAUUUCUGUGUGCGCUGGUUUUCUAUGUAAUCAUUGGUGUCCUUUGAUCCUCUACAGAAAUAGAAACCUCUUGCAUUGUAACAAAGGAUCAGAGUUUUAUGAAUGGUUAGAAAAAGGUAUUAAUAAUGCACAGAAAACAUUUAUUAGAUAUUUUUAUGGAAGAGAAGUACUAUAGGAAAACAUAUGAAUAUUUAUGGAAGGAAGCCAGAUUAAUUAUGACAAAUAUUGUUUAUUUUAAAGUUAAGUAAACCACUGCUAUUGCAGCAUUAUGAAAAUUGUAAGAGUUGUAGCAUCAGUGCACUGGAUGUUCCGUGUGAUCAGUCUGGAAUGAAAGUGGAAUGCUCAUUCUACUACACCUACAUAUAGUUUAUGCAGUUCAACAUUGCUAUAGCCAUGAAUUCUACUAGUAUUUUUAAAAAUAAUCUCAGUGGUUCUAAAAAAAGUCAAAACCAUGGAUUUUGCUAUCAAGAUUUCUCUCACAGAAAGCUCAUUUGGAAGAGUGUUGAUAAAAUUCUACUGCAAAACAUUUUCUAAAUAAAAAUAGCAAGAAAAGGAAAAAAAUUCCAAAGUAAUAAAAAUGUUUUCAUGGAACAAAAUAGUUAAGCAUUUGCUUAAUAUUUGAUUAAAUAAGAUUUACUUACAUUUUCUUUGAAGUGUUUUAAUUUUUUUAAUGUCUGUGGAGUAUUUGUAUAAUACCAUGAUGUAUAUUUAUGUAGAACUGAAAUUAUAACAGUACAAAUAUCACUAUAGGAGAAAAAUGACAUUUUAACGUAUAUUGUUCUAUCCAGUCAAAUUGUGAAUCAUUUUGAAGUUCAUUAUAGAGAUAUUGAUAAA